AUGUCACAUAAUAAGGAACCGAUAAACGAUGAUACCGUUCCGGGCACGGAGAUUAUGUGUGACUGGGAAGAAACUCGUCACAGGGGGGCUAAUAUUGCGUUAAUCCCGCAACCUUCAAAUGACCCAAGCGAUCCAUUGAAUUGGUCAAAAACAUGGAAGUAUGUGGUAAUCACCACCCAAUUUCUAUUCCUGUUUGUCUCCGUUGAAUCAGCUCUUUCAAUGGGUCCAAUGUUCCCGUUAUUUGCGGCCGAGUUUCAUCUUAAUGAUACACAACUAAGCCUUCUGUCGGGCGCCUGUGUGCUAGCCCUCGGCUACUCGAAUUUCAUCAUCGUUCCUUUCUCGAACAUAUGUGGACGACGUCUGACAAGUUUGGUAUUCUGUGCUUUGGGAAUAGCAUCGUGUAUCUGGCAGGCCCUUGCGACCUCCCAUUCAAGUUUACUUGCAGCUCGUGUGGUCAAUGGUGUCGCCACUGCAACAAGUGAAACUAUAUUGGUUCAGAUCAUUGCCGAUAUGCUCUUUCUACACGAGCGAGGGUUGUGGACUGGUGUAUAUUUCACUGGAUAUUUUAUGGGGUUGUUUAUCGGGCCCAUUAUUGCCGGAAAUAUCGCAGAAAGAUUUGGCUGGCGAAGCUUUUUCUGGCUUUCUUUGGCCAUGUCCUGUUUCAAUUUUCUGACGCUGCUCUGCUUUUGCCCAGAAACCAAAUUCCGCACGCGAAAUAUUGACGAGACUAGGGAUUUGGAGCUUGAUCAAACUCAACCUUCAAAUUCAUCUAACAAGGAUACAACGAGACAUUUAGAGAGCCUUGAGAACCCCCUGACGAUGGUGGGCAUUGGUCGGCCUUCCAAGUCUCAGUUCCAGUUGUGGCAAGGACUAGAGAAAGACUGGAAGCAGCUCCUCGUCCGAGACAUUCUCUCACCUUUCAAAUUCUUCUUUUUUCCAAUAAUAUUUUGGGCGGGCCUGAAUGUUGCAGGGCCUGCCAAUCUUCUGCUUUUCUGGAACCUGACAGAGUCUGCAUUCUUCAGUGCCCCGCCAUAUAACUUCACUCCGGCAGGGGUUGGCUACACGAACUUUGCGUUCGUCAUCGGGGGUCUUAUUGGGCUUGCUACUGCAGGGCCAUUCUCUGACUGGGUAGCCAUGAAGGCCACAAGGCGCAACAAUGGCAUUCGCGAGGCAGAAAUGCGGCUACCGGCCCUGAUACCAUACUUUAUCACGACUGUUAUUGGCAUUGUCAUUGGUGGUCUCGGAUAUCAAAAUUUGUGGGAAUGGCCCAUAAUAUUGGUAGUCGGUUUCGGAUUGAGUGGCCUCUGCGUUACAGCAGUGCCGACUAUUGUGACUGCUUAUGCUGUUGACUGCUACAAGCCUAUAUCAGGUGAGAUUAUGGUCGUUGCCACUGUGAUUAAAAAUACCUGUGGGUUUGUGAUGAGCUAUUGGGUUUCUACAUUGGCGGAAAAGAAGGGAUUCAUUACGCCCACAAUGGUUGAAUUUGCCUUGACGAUUGGACCGAUGCUAUUGGGCAUCCCCAUCUAUUUCUUUGGCAAGAAACUUCGAAAAAUGAGUCGAAAUUCGUUUGGAAACUCAGAGCUUGAAGGCGAAUGA